GUGGUGUUGUUUACUUCUAGCUGCAUAGAACAUUACAAUUUACUCAAUUUUUGUAGUAAAUUAAGCAGUUAUUAACAAUGAUUUCUGCUUUAGGAACGUAUGCUCUUCCCAGUGUAAAAGAUCGUCAAAAGCGAAUUGCCGGGGAAAAGAAGCAUUAUUGCACUACGGCGGUGUACGAAGAUGCAAACAACUUCGGUGUCCGUAUGUUGGCCAAGCUAGGAUGGACGAAAGGCAAAGGCUUGGGUAAGAAAGAGGAUGGCAUCGUGAAUCCGGUUAUGCUACGCUUUAAACAGGACACCGAAGGUGUUGGCUUCGCCGAUCAGACCGACAAUCAAUGGACACAGCACGAUGCCGGGUUCAAUGAUUUGCUGAAACGCUUGAACGGUGGUGGCGAUGAUAAUGAAGAAGAAAACGAUCCCAUUGUCGAGUCUACGGCACAGCUGCAGUCACUCGAAGAACGGUCGAAAAAAUCGCGGUCCCGCGUUCACUACACGAAGUUCACACGUGGCAAGGAUCUGAGCCAAGCGAACGAAAAGGACCUGGCAAACAUAUUUGGCAAGCGUUCGCUGGAUGAAUUGAACAAACCGGUUGUAAUGCAGAACGAUACAUCCGCGGAUGCAAGUGAGAACUAUUCCGAAUCCGGCGAUCGACGGACGAAAGUGCUUGGUCUUACGACCAUUAAGUCAAAUUUAACCGUAGAAGAUUAUUUCAAGGAAAAAAUGAAAGGUAAACAAUCCGCCGGACAUCCAGGAUGGACAUACUACACGCCUGAAGCUGUUGACAACGCUGACGACGAGCAGGUUGAACCAAAAAAGAAGAAAAACAAAAAGAAGGGGGCAAAAAGAGUCGGGCUUAAGGACACGGAAAUCACGGAGGAAAAUUGUGUAGUUGGUGAUGUUCCGGUUUCGGAAGUUUCUCCCAAGAAAGGUAAACGAAAGCAUGAAACGAGCAUCGAUGUCGUGGUGGAAAAUGGAACCGAAAAUCGAGCCAAAACGGAGUCCAUGGAGCCGAAAAAGAAAAAGAAAAAAUCAAAGAAAACCAAACCCGACCUGGACGAACCGUUGUCCAACGAAACAAAUGAACCGGAGCAAUUAGAUGUUGAGCUUUCUGUUGAACAGGAUGCGUCGGAAUUGGAAACAUCUAAGAAAAAGAAAAAAUCUAAAAAGGAUAAAUCUGAGAAGGAGGCAAACGGGACUGUCGUUCACUCGGAACCAGUUACUGUUGGCGAUUCAAAUAACUCCAUUACAUUACAGUCGAUUGAAACAAUUAAGAAAAAUAAAAAAGGCAAGAAUGAUAAGGAAUCUAUCUGCACUCGCGAAUCAGAGACUACGGAUGUUGCUGAAGUACAGGUACCGCAAGGGAAAAAAUCAAAGGAAAAUAAAGUAUCUGUACCAGAGGAGUCCUCUACGAUACUACAGCAGGAACCGGAGAUUAUAGAUGACGCUGAAGCAAAGGUACCGAAAGGGAAAAAAAAGAAAUCGAAGAAAAAUAAAGUGUCCACUGGCAUCGAAGCAGAAGAGACCGCCACUACAGUACAGCAAAAUCCAGAGGUUGCGGCAAACACUGAAGUCCAGGUAUCAAAAGGAAAAAAAUCCAAGAAAAAUAAAUCAUCCCCUAGCACUGAACCAGAAGGGACCUCGAUAACACAAGAGGUACUGAAGGAGAAAGAAGCGGAGUCCAAACCGGCACCACAGCAGGAACCGGAGGGUAAGGAUAACGUAGAAGCUCAGCAAACAGACGCAAGCCAGACACCGGAUUGCUACCAGCCUCCUCCACUCGCCCCCGGUGAAAAGGAGGAUGAUGUUACCUGCACCGUGAAGGUUGAUGUGCUGAAGCAUUUGGACGAAACUGCUUUUCCUGGAUCUAAUUUUGGCAAUAUUGUCGGUUACAGAUUGACCGAGGACGUGAAACUGAUUAAGAAAGAAUCUAGGUUUCGAAUGUUGGAUAGGCACCGAUUUGAAGUGAAGGCGGAAACCGUGUCUGUGCACCGGAAGUGGCAAAAGUUGAAAAAGGUUACCGCAUUCACGCCGAUCUAGCGGCACUUUCUAUGGGCACAAUAUACUGAAUACUAACAUUGCA